GUGGUUCACGCGUUCCCUGCGGGCGGGGUGUGUGCAGGGGCCGGCCAUGAAGCGGCAGACAGCGUCGGAGACCAUGAGGGGGUGGUGUGGGCUGGAGACGACGAGAGCGACACCACGAGAGAGACGCUGAAAAGCGGAAAGAGACUUUGGGAGAAAGAAAAUAAAAGAAUUGUAAACGCUGCAUCGGAUGGUUGUGCCAGUUCCUGUGGUCCCAGACGAACCCGAACCUGAGCCUUGCUACAGUGGCGCCCAACAGGAAAGCGGACCAGGAAGAGGAUGUCGGCACCAACCCCUUUGGAGGCGCUGGGCCAAGUUCUGGCCGAGGUGUCAGCGGCGAGCAGACAGCAGACCCAAGUGCUGCGAGUGCUGAUGAACAGAGCAGAGGCAGCGGGAGGGAUGUCCUCCAUGAAGCGCAUGGUGGAGGGGGAGGACCCCCAGGCAUUCCUGGACGUCUUCGAGGCCACGGCGACGUCGUGCAAGUGGCCGGAGGAGGAAUGGGGCGCGAAGCUGCUGCCGCUCCUGGUGGGGGAGGCGCAGCGGGCGGCGCUGAGUCUCCCGGCGACCGCCCGCAUGCAGUACGCCGAUCUACGCCACGCCAUCCUGGACCGGGUCGGCAGCAGCCCCGAAGACCACCGCCGAAAGUUCCGGGCCAUGAAGUUGGGGUCAGAGGACCGGCCCUUCGUGUUGGCAUACCGGAUGAGGGACGCGGCAACCCGGUGGCUCCAGCCCAAUGGGCUGGACCCAAAGAUGUUGGAGUCCAUCAUCCUAGAACAAUUUAUUGAUGCCCUCCCGGCCAGGACCUCAGCAUGGGUGCGGUACCACAGCUCCCCAGAUGUAAAAACAGCGGUGAAACUGGCGGAGGAGCACCUGGCGGUCCAGCGGGAGGCGACCCCAAAGACAGCCGAAAGGCCCACCCCAGCACCCCGCCGACGACACGCACCCACAUAUACACAGCAAGGGGGGGGACACGGGGCUAUAAUAUCUCCUCUGUUGGUGCAUUUCAGGGUACCGGCGCUGCGGAGAGGGGGCUUCCCUCGCAGAUGGCGCCUCAAACACCAGGGCCGGUGUGCUGGAGGUGCGGACGGCUCGGUCACGUGCGCCGGGAGUGCUCCAUGA